UCCAGGCACCAUUCACCUGCUGCAGCUGGUUGAAAACAGACUGUGAAAACGUUCUAGAAACCUUCGAUAUUUGUGUUAUUUUAGUUUCGCGCCCUCGUCGAACAUGUCUGCAGCGUUUCCUCCAAGUCUUUGUGAUAAUGUUCGACGGCUUUCGCUUCGACGGGUUCCCAUGGAAACGGAGGAUUAACUCACUAACCCGAGCCUGACUAACGUUAGCAGAGAUAAAGUUAUGGGCCGUCACCGUGCGGUUUUGAUAUCCGCGCGGUCGGUGUGAAGGUUAACGGAGCCGAACUGAACCGGUUUAAAGUUACCGAUGGAUGAAGGUGCUCUGGUUUCUAUGGCGACGGUCGCGCUUCCCAUGCUGUCUGAUCCAGAUACUGAGAUGGAGGAGCAGAGUGAGGCAGGAGGAGGCGCCGACCCCCAAGAAAACAGAGGAGGUAUCAGGUUUAUCACAGAGGAGUUGUUGUUGAAGCUGACAGGUUGUCCCUCUCUGUCGUUGGUUCGUUCUCUGAACCUGUCGUCGUCAGCGGGAGACAAACGCAUUAAGUUCAUAGAAAACCUCCAUGGUUGUCAGCAUCUGCAGGUUUUAAAACUCAACCACAAUGUGAUCCAGAGGAUGGAAAGACUGAACACUCUGAGUCAGCUAAGAGAGCUUCAACUGGCCCACAACAACAUCCAAAAGAUUGAGGGUCUAGAGCACUUGUCCAAUCUGCGGCACCUGAACUUGUCGUACAACAGGAUCGGCCACAUCCCCAUGUGGCUGGGGAAGAGACUGCAGUCAUUGUGCAGUCUACACCUACAACACAACCUCAUCACAUCUCUAUACGAGGUGUCCAGACUGCGUUCUUUGAAGAGCCUAUCAGAGUUAUCUGUUAUAGGAAACCCUGCCUCCUCACUUACACACUCCCGCCUCUUCCUGCUCUACCACCUCAGAACUCUAGACAGGCUGGAUGACCUGCCAGUCUCCCAAGAGGAGAGAGGACACGCCUAUCAGCGCUUCAACACUGAGGAGUUGGAGCGUCUUCAGUGGGAGGUGGACAGCAGCCAGUCCCAGCUGAGCAGGCUGCAGCUGGAGCAGCAGGCCGCCAUCACUCAACUCCACCAGCAGGAGGAAACUAACCAAACACUGACAGCUCAGACACAAAAGCAACAACAUGCACACACACUGCUGGAGCAAGAACUGCACACAAAGAGUCAACUGCUGGAGAAGACGACAGCUGAGUUGACCAGAGCCUUUCAUAGACUGUAUGAGCUGGAACAGGAGCUGACUUUUUACAAGCUUGACACCAAACUCAGCCCUCUGCCAUACUGCAGCUCACAGGGAGUUGAUGCUGUAGCUGAAAGUCCAUACAUUGGCAAGGCUCGACACAUCAGGAACACUAUCACCUCUACUCCCAGAAACUCCUUUUCCUCCUCCUCGCCCUCUCCCUCCCUGCAGUCCCAGGAGGGUUCAGAUGCUUACACUGACUUGGAAAUGAGGCAUCCUCUGCUGAACGACUGCAGAACACAGCAGAAUGCAGCUGAGGCUGAACUCCCACAGAUUGCUCAUCAAACAGAGAAGCAGUUACAAGUAGAAUUCAAAGUGGUCAAUGAAUCAACAGCACACGUACAGCAAGAGGCACUAUUAUGUCAUGUCAUAAGUAGGGUGUUGGUCCUGCAGCAGCUGAGAGACAAAGCAGAGGACACACAAAGACAGAUGGAGAGAUGGAUGACAGAGACACAGAGAGAUGAGCUGAAGACGCAGGAUAACUCAGACCCACAACAUUUGAGCUUAGCCCAUGUGACCACUGUACAGUCCACUGCCCAACACCUGUUGUACAGGAUGAGCAGGAGUCAGGGUGAGCUGGAGGGACGCCUCGACGACAUGUUGUCGCGUAUUGCCUUGGAGGCACAGGAGAUCAAAGAGCUGGAGCAACAACUAACCGAUGGCCAGAUUUUGGCAAAUGAAGCUCUGCAGAAGGAUCUGAAGGGAAUCAUCUGUGGGCUACAGGAGUAUCUGAGAGGACUCAGAGAGCAGGCUCGCCAUGCUCAGCAGCAGGUUCACAGUCUUCAGGAUGAGAACCAAAGUCUGCAGCUCCACCUAGAUGACACUCAGAGACACUGCAAGCAGCUGGAGCAUGCGGCCAGGACACACACACAGGAAAUGUCUGUUCAGCAGCAGGAGCUGUCCAUGCUGCAGAUGGAGACCCAGGCUCUGAGAGACAGACAGGUGGAGAGCAGCAGACAGCAGGCUGAGCUGGAGGAGGAGCUUGAGCAGCUGAGGGAGGAGCUAAAUCGACAGGUCACAUUGGGACAGCUGGAGCAUGAGGCUAUGCAGGCAGCUGUGGAGAAGGAGAAAGGGAUCGGAGGGGUCAAAGAGUCUCAGCUACAGUCAAUCAUUGACACAUUGCAGGAAGACAAAUCAUCUGUCCAGUACAUCACCUACAGACUCCAGGUCCAACUGGACCACACCACGGCCGAGUUACACCAGACCAGGACCCAGUUUACAGAAGCCAGGGCCCACCUCGACUGGACCAGAAUUAAACUGGACCAAUUCACAGAGGCCCUGCUAGAUAAUCAGGGGGUUCAGAUUGGAACAGAGGAGCUGAGUGAGGACAGCCACAGUCUUGUUGGUCCUGAGGACAUGCUGUCCAGAAGUGUGGAGCGGCUCUUCAGGACACUGCAGCAGACCAGGACUAGCAGGGACCAGAUGAAAAAUGACCACAACUACAGCCAGCAGUUGAUAGCCACACUGCAGACACAACUAGCUCAGAACCAGAACCACAUAACCCAGCUAGAAGCCCAGUUAGAGACUCAGGGUAAGGACCAGGUGUCCCACUGUGUUCAGCAGGAUCAGGAGACAGACUGGAAGCUAAAGGAAGACCUGCAGAGACUCAGGGAACAACUGCAGAGGUCUUACAAAAGAAACAGACACCUGGAGUUGGAGUUGGAGCAGAAUCGACUGCAUCUUGAGGAGGUCCAACAGCAGAAAGACACUCUGCUGCAGCAGAGAACUGAUGAGGAGGUCGAUGGCAGUUCUCACCAGGACAAACAUAUGCACACAGUGGAAGAGCUGAACGCGGAUCUGGCUGAAGCCCAGAGACACACACACAGACUGAGGCAGCAGCUGGACCAGGACAGAAACAAAACCAAGACCAGGAACAGAUCUGGGACGAGGCCCGAGGAGGAAGGAAAGUGGUGCUACAUACCUCCAGGACACAGUGUUCACAGCAUGGGUUCUCAGGGGACUCAGGACUCUGGUUUGGGUCUGCAGUACCUCAGUUCUCCUGAAAGGGGGCAACAUCAGGGCAGACCACCUUCGGGAGGAGGCUACUGGGUCUACAUCCCUACAACAAACAUGGACUCUGACAGAGCAGCUGCAUCAGAGUGCAGGGACAGCAGAGGAGACAGUGACACAGACAGGCACACCACUGGAGGGGCUCCUCCUCAUCAUCCUUCUCCUCCUGACCCAGCUGAAGGCAUCUCUGUUGACUUCUCUCACUGUCACACUCCCCUGGUUGGACCUGCCUGGCUGCUCUGUGGUUCACCUGUAGCUCUUGUCUCCACUCGCACACCCGGGGGCUCAGCUCUCCACUGUAAUGUCCCUGAACACAGAGACACGGAGGAAAAGCUCGUGUGUGAGUGUUUGCACACAGAAGCAGAGAGGCUGGACAAAGAGAAGAAGAAACUACGACUAGAAACCAAACAGAUUCGACACACGCUGCGACGACACAGGAGUGUGUUGCAGGUGUGUGAUGAGGUGGAGUGUGUGGAGAAGACUCUUCUGAAGAGACGAGCUGAACUCCGUCAGGCUGACAAGCUGCUGCUGGAGGCUCAGAGCUGCAUACACAACACCAGAGACCAGGCCAGUUCUGCCCAGUGGGAGGCCAACGAGUGGCAGCGCAGAGCUCAGGACAGUGCCACCUGUCUGCAGGAGGCCACACAGCAAGUCGGAGAGCUGCAGGAAGAGGUGGAGGACCUGAGGAGGAGGAAGCAGAAGGUGGAGCAGACUGUGAGUGAAGUGGGCGAGGUGCUGAAGAACAGAGAGAAGGAGUUUCAACAACUGGGCACCAAAAUACGGUCGGCUACUGACAGACUAUCUAAUCUGCUGUCGGACUGUCAAGAGGCUCAGAAAGGUCUGGACUCAAUCCAUACUCAGGUGGAGCAGCAGGAGCAGAGGUUGGUUCAGAGGAGGGAGGAGCAUCAGACUGCUCUUAAUAGAGUAAAGGAGGUCAGAGAGGAAGAGCAACAACUGCAGAGGACAGUCAAGGAGCUGUUGGAGCAGCAGGAGGUGCUACUGAGACAGAAGCGGUCAACAGUCACAGCUGUGAAAGAGGAUGAGCAGAAACUCCUCACACUCCAGUCAGAAAUCCAUACACACAGAGCAGAGCUGAAAGAGGUUCUACAGGAGCUGCUGGCAGAGCAGCAGGCGCUGGAGAAAGUGAAAACCAAACACACCCAGAGUUCCCAGCGACUCCACGUGAAGAAGGACGAACUGGACAGGGUGAGGGACGAAUUAGAUACAAUGAUGGACAAACUGGACAGGGAGCGGGGUGAGGUGGACCGGACGCAGGCGGAGUUGGACGGGAUAAAGGAAGAAGUAGAGAAUAGAAAGAGUGAGCUGGGAAGGACUCAGCAGGAUGUGGACAGGAAGGUGAAGGAAUUGUACCAAGUCCAAGAGGAAGUGGACAGGAAGAAGAGGGAGCUGGCUGGGCUGCAACAGGAAAUGGAGUCGCACAUAAAAGAGGCGGAGUCAUUUCUAAAACAGAUGAAGCAGCAACAAACAGAACUUCAGGAGCUACAGGAGAAGCUGAGCAGGACACAGGAAGAGAAGAAGAGCCUGCAGGAGCAGUGUAAACACCUGGAGGCCAGACGACGGCAUGCUGACAGGUGUCUCUCUGCAGUGGAGGUGGAGCUUGCAAAACAGAGGGAGGAGCACAGCCACGCCCAGCUCCUCAAACAGGAGGUGGUCAGAGAUACAGCAGCUACUAAGGAGCAGCUUAAUGAGAACUCUGAGCUGCUGUCUAUGCUCAAUAAACGAGUGGAGGAGAGGAAGAAACAACUACUGACUCUCGAGCAGGAGGAGCAGCACAGAGCCGGAAUACUGAAGGAGUUACAGGAGGAGGUUGAGCACAAACAGGCAGUGUGCCGAAACUUGGAGGAAGUUCAAACUGCAGUGUGUCGGUUGGAGGACAGGGGGCGCCAUCUGCAGCAGUUCCACCAGCUCAGUGUGGAGGUGCAAGAGAGAGAGCGAAAACUGCUCCACAAGGAGGAGGGGCUAAAUCAGCAAAGACAGGAGCUACAGGUGAGAGAAGAGGAGCUAAAUCUGAGAGAGGCGGAGCUACUUUGUUUGAAAGGGAAGGAAAUGCCUAAGAAACAGGAGGAGCUGCAUGAAAAAGAGCAGGAGCUGGACCACAGCAGAGGCAUGUUGUUGGAGGACGACGAAUCCUUCUCUCUGUCCACAGCUGGUCCAAUAUCAGCCCUUAGUCCUCAGAUCUCAGGUGAGGAGGAGAGGUGGAAGGCAGAGCUGCAGAGAGAACAACUCAGACAACAAGAAGAUCGACUCAAAGCUCGUCUGCGCUGCAGUUUGUGGAAGCAGCAGGAGACUCUGAAGGUGAGACGACUGGAGACAGAGGACAGUUUACUGGGACUCAGAGACAAAGUGGACAAGCUGGACUCACUCCUGUCACACUCUCACUGAUGACACACACUCCUAGUUUCUACUUCAUAUGAGCCAAUCAAAUGUUUAGAUCACAUCAUGUGACACUGUAUGAUGCAGCCAGGCACUGUGAAGAAUUAAAGGGCAAUUCAGGUGUUUGUUCUACAUUUGUACGAGAUAAAAGAGCAUAAAUAUACCAUAUUUUCUAUUAUUUUUAUUAUUACAUUCUGUUUCAACAUCACAUGCCAGCCAAUCAAAAUGCUAUCUCAUGUGAUACUGCAUUACAUUAUUAUUUAUUAUUACAUGGUUUCUUUUUUAUUAUUAUAUAUAAUAUUUAUUUGAUUACAGAUUAUAGAACCUAACUAAAGCAGUUAUUUUUGUUUUUACAAAGUAUUUAUACACACACACAUAACAUAUGACAAGUGACUAUGAAAUGAAAACUAACAGAACAAAAAGGAGAUCACCUUAUUCACUGCGUUAAUUGUUAAUUAACGCAGUGAAUAUAUUAUAUUAUUUGUAAAAAUGAUAAAUGUCUGAAUGGGUAUGUUUCAAGUUUAUUAAAAUUAUAUUUCUUAAAUGAAAUAAACGAUAUCUAUGAAAUGUA